GAGUGAGAAGAAAACACUGCCUGCUUAUGAAGAUCAUUAUCUUUUAGUUCUCAGAACGAUGAAUAAUAGAGUUGGGAGUGGUCCAAAUGGUUCUUUUUUACAGAGUAAUUACACAAAAAUAAUCAAAUUUUUUUAAGCUAAACUUUUAAUAUCCUGUGUUUAGACAACUAGUUAGAGCAACAUAUUUAGAAUUAUUACAUUCACAAAAAAAGUGAAAAAGUCUACGUGACUGAGAGGGGGGACCAGCAAUAAAUAGAAAAGCGUAGAAGCAUUUUCAUGUUUGGACAUGCCACAUACAGUCUUCUGAUUGACAUGCACCAUCCAGUGAUGGUGAUCCAACAGAGAGCCCCAUUUGGCUCCUGAAGGGUGUGAAAAGGCACACUUCUCCUGACCCACCCCCCUGCCUUUGUUGCUGGAUUGAUUUAGCAGACAGAGGCAGAUUGUGACUCCUGCUGCUCAUCCAGCGCACAGACAGACGAACCAUGACGCAGCCCUGAGCUCCACCCCCUUUUACGCACAGGCGCUGACUCUACAGCCCUCACCCUGCUCACUCCUGCCUCACUUUGACUCUGACUUGUAGAGGGAGAGCACACUUUGCUGGAUUACACUCACCCAUCACAGGAGUACUUGUUUCAUUUUUCCCCCCCAGAGCUGUACGGCUCCAACAAACAAGAGCAAGAUGGGGAGCAGCAUUUCAUGUGUCCCCGAGAACAACUUCAGAUUCUCCAGCAAGAGUUUCAUCCGCAGGAACAGCAGCCGUCUGUUUCGCAAGAAGAAUCCCCAAGAGGGACAGGAGAAGUCAAACAGCAUCAUCAACAUCCCGUACAUAACCUCACCCACAAAGAAAAUGUCUCCCGAAGACCUGCAGACGAUCAAAAACAUCGAGUGGAACCCUCCGUUUCCUUACGAUCCCGUCAAUGGUUGGAAAAAGAGCAGCAUCAACGUGAAGAACUACGGUCGGAUGAUUCACAGCUCCAAAGUUCGAUUCCGUUUCCUGCACUGCCAGGAUAUACACGACUGCUACUUGGAUCUCUUCGAAACACAUCUUCAUUUUGUCUCCAACAACCCAACAGGUCUCACAUACCAGGGGACUCUUCCACUGAAAGAGCUCACCAUUUGCAACUUGCAACAGAACUGCAAUCACAGUCAGCCCCAAGAAUUCACAUUCCAGAUAAACGGUGUCAGCCUUAACCCCAUCAUUGUCUACUGUGCCAACCAAAAAGAAAUGGACUACUGGUUUGGUCUUCUAAAAGACAACAUCGAGGUCAAUGGAGGGACUGCGAUUGCGCCUGAAACCCACACAAGAAUGAGAAUAAAUCCGAGUUCUGACGGACGAGAAGAGCUGAGGAAUUCCAUCUACAGGGAGCCCAUCUACGAGUGGGAGGGCUCUCAGAGGGACAGCCUGGGUCCGAUCACAUACGUCACCAAAGUUCGACUGCAGCAUCUGCCCUGCCAGGAACAGAGCGACAGACUGCUGGUGAUGUAUCCUUCAACUCUGAUCAUCUUAUCAGAGGAGAGCGACGGCCUCUUCUACAAGGGAAAACUUCCACUCAACAUGAUCACGGUCACGACGCCUUGUCAAGAUGUCAAGCCCAACACGUUCAUGAUUGAAGGGAAGCUGAUCAACUCCAUAGUGGUGUCCUGUCUGGAUCGGAAUGAGUUCUGUCAGUGGAUACAGCAUUUCAAAACUGCUGAUGUGCCCGUCAUGAGCCCCCCACCCCCAGUUUAUGACAUCAUCUACACUCCAACGUCCACAGAGGGCCCAAAGUUUGAUAGAUGGAGUGGAAACAGUCAAGGUAGAGUGGAGUCCAGCUUUGGCCAGUCCUCAAGUGCUCACGGGUCCCAAAACCUUCAGCCGCCCAUGCGUGAGGGAAACCCCCUGUCUCCAGGAUACUCUGAACCACUCUGUUACACCUCCAGCCGUCCUUCCUCCACCGAGACUGCCAGACUGGGCAGCAGAACCAACAGCAUGUCCUCACAGACCAGGCCGGAGCAUCGGCCUCUGUCGCUGCGCUACUCCUCCCCCCAGCAGAGCUCCUACCUCCAGCCGGCAGAGACCUCAGAGCUUUACAGCACGCCCUACCGGACCAGCCCACAGCGACUGGAGAAAUCCCCUCUGGUCAAGUCAAACAGCUGGAGCACGCCACAGACGUCCAUGAGCUAUCCCCUCAACACCCCGCAGCGCCACUCAGCGAACCCGCGGCAACUGCUGUCGCCUCUGUACGACGAGCCCUCCAGCCCUGAAAUCUACUCCUUGGAGGAGGCCGCAGUGCAAAGUUGGCAGGAGCCGAUUCAGCACCAGCACCACUACCACCAGAACGUGCAGCUGCUCCCCUCCUCCUUCCAGCUCUGCACGCCACCAAUGGGCAGACGCAGUGGGAAAAGCCCUGCAGAGAAGGACGCGUCUCACAGGGAAGCAGAGCAGAGAGCACAGGCUGUGAUGAAGCUCAAGCUGCUGCCCGUCCCCGGCCAAGUGCAGGAGCAGAUGCAUCUCCCAUCAAGCUCCGCCAGAAGCAACUCUCAGAUGUCUUACUCCUACUCACCAGAUCGCCAUUCGUACCUUGAACCCAGAGCACCAGAUGACCAGGAAGUGGACUAUGACAACAUUUGGGAAUUUGACAAUGAGACUGGAAUGAUUCAGCCGGCUUCUGGAAUUUCAACACAGUGGACAGGAUUAAACUUUGGGGCCCAAGGCCUUGGUGCCAUGGCGACCCAGCAGAGAUGGCCAUAAAACAAAACAAUCAUCCGGCACUCGUCUGGACGUGUGCAAACAACAGAUCGCUAUCAGGCGGAUCAUAAAAGCCAACUCGUUCAUCCAGCGUUGCUCCCGGUGUGUACAGUGUGAAGCAACAAGCACCAGGAGCUUAAGAAGUUUGAGAAUGACAGAAAAAGACAAAAACAAAACAGACACACUUCACCUAGCCAGUUUAUAUGUAGCAUUCAGUCAAAGAGACACCUAAGAGUGAUGUACAUAAUUUGUAUUUUUAAUAAUAUUUUUGUAUUUAUUGUUUAGCUGCAUUGUCAGGGUUCAGUAUGCAGUUGUUUACUAAUGACUAGGUUAUUGAUUUCACCUUUAUGUUUCAAUAUUUCUUUCUAAUUUAUUGUAAAACAUUCCACUUGUUACAAUUUUGCUUUUUUUAUUUGUAUUUUUUGGUUUAUUAUAGGACUGUAAAUGCACCUGGCUUUAGCUAAAAUAGAAAUUACUGCUGCACAGUACUGACACCCACAUGACUUUUUUCAUUUGUUUUGUUUGAAGUGCUUAUUUAUAUUUGUAAAUAAAAUACUAAAAAUGU